GUUUCCUGUUAUGUUAAUUUACACGAGGAGACAGAUAGAAUAACCCGGUUGUAACAGAGUUUCCUGGGUUGCAGGUAAAGGAGGAGGUGGUGUUGGAGGCGGGCUUGCUGCCUCCCACCAUGUGGCGGCGACGAGGACCGCACCUUAUCAAGGGUCACGGGACGUAUCUCCAUGUAGACUCAUCAAACGGAGAAGAAACAGUAUAAAGUAGUGCUCGCUGACGGUGUUUGGGGUUCCGGGCCAACGUCUCCACCCUACUCCACAACCCUUGAAUGCAUUCCAGCUAGAUUGUUACAGAUAAAGCAACGGAAAUGGAAUUCGAAAACUUUAUUGCGUAAUUUUUUUUUGUCUUAGAUUGUUUUUGUUUAUGUGUAAACCAAACACGUCUGUUUCAAAGCAACGUAACUGAAGAUGUAUAUAUAUAGUUAUAUGUAACUAUUUUAAAGUGAAACUGUAAGUUAAGAUGAGCACAACCAAGUUUUGAGGAAAUGGAGGAAUAAAAGAAGGAAAUAUAAUAGUGUGUAGUAGAGUGCAAGUCUUACUGCCUCAGACAAGAUGUGUGACGGCUACCAAAUCAGUUUUGAGCUGUCACAGGUGAACGGAAGCUUUGUAUUGAAGCCUAUCAUCACCCCGUGUCCUCAGGACCCAACACCUAUAAUCGCCGGCUCCUUCCUGUCGGUGAUAUUCCUAGUGGCCUUCAUCCUCAACCUAAUGGUAGUGGUGACUGUGUCGACCAGUUACACCCUCAAGAGGUUCCUCUACUGUCACCUCCUCAUCAACCUCUGCCUCGCCAGUAUGGUCGACUGCUUCUUCAACCUCAGUAUUGCCAUCGGCUACGUCUUCACCACACAGUGGAGGUUUGGUUAUGAUAUAAGUUACUUAAACAGUUUUACAAUUAAUAUGAUGAACAGCGAGAUGGCCUUCGCAGUCGUGCUGCUGGCAAUCGACAGAUUGGCUGCAGCCAAGAAAUAUAAUUCUUUCCUCCAAACUGCCAAGUCCAAAUUUUGGCUCAUGAUCCUCACAACGUGGGUGUUGUCGUUUCUGAUGGCAGUGCCCCUGGUAUGUGGCUACAUCAAAAGCAUACCGUAUAGGAACAGAUACUCGUGCUGCGUCGCCGACCCCUUGGACGACUAUUACCUCAUCAUCCACCUAGUGCUGGUGGUGUGUGUACCGACCGUUGUCAUGGUGGCGCUGGUGUGCAUCACCUCGGUUAUAUUCCACAGGGAGCGCCGAAAACAAAAGAAGGUUAAAGGCAACCAAACUAUAGGUUACUUUGAGCAAAUUUUGAUGACGCCUUAUUUCCGUAACGAGUUUUAUCCCGCGGUGUUUGCGAUGUGUAUAGUGAUAGUGUACUUGGUGCUCUGGUUGCCCUUCACCGCCCUCUCCAUUAUCAACCCCAUGGUGACACAACAUUGGGCUAACCAAACCACCAAUACCUCCACAAACAAUAACUACAAUCUAUUCACACCCUCGGCCGGCGGUAACUUUAAAGUGACCCGAGCGAUGCUUGACGAGAGUCAGCUCAGAGCUGUCAACAUGACCCCCGCCAAUAUCACCUCAGACAUGACGCCUGACAUGUCCAACAUUACCGUGAACGAAGGUCUCAUUCCAGAGAUACUAGACACGUCGGUCUUUGAUACAGUGGCCGUGUGGUUCCGUUUCAUUUUCGACGUACUAGUGCCAAUUUUAGUGUUUUCCAUACUAAGGGAUGUGCGAGUCAAGUGUGAGGGCCUCAUCAUGUGCUGUAGACCCAACUCCGUCGAUGUAGCCUCGCCCAAACCCACGCGCCCUUACGCCAACCGCCUGCCUACCACCCAAACAUCGGAGAAGAAGGAUGGCUCUGGGAAAUCACAGAAGAAACAAAAGAGCAACAACAAGGACACCAUUGACUUCAAGACACCAAUUCUGUUUUCAACUUCAGAAGGACUUCAUAUUCGGACAGUUGAAGAUACUUUCUUGGAUAUGAAAGAAAAUAAACCGUUGUUAGGCUUCAUGCGACAAAUUGUAGAACCGCCGAAAUUCGUUUAUAGCCUCUGUGACGUGAUGCUUGGGUAUGAGGAGCUCACAGACUUCGACGGUCAGUAUCACAUAGAUGAUAAUUAUGAUUUUGAAAAGGAACCAGUAGUUGUUAAUAUGGGAAAUGGUAACCCUGUUGUUCUUGGGGCACAGCGCGCUGCCGCCGGUCAGAAAUCCCCAGAAACGACUGAAGACGUUGAUGACGUUGUGAACAAGCUCGUUGACCUUGAUUAUCGACCACCUACUCCACCCAAAGUCCCGGUCGAGGGCAACGAUUCGGCUGAAAACGUCGGCGAAACAAUAGAAGUGGAUGAUGGAAAUAAGAAAAAGAAGAAGGUGGUUAGAUUUGCGACAAUGCUGAAUGAAAUCAUCCCCCCACGACCGAUAACACCCGAGAGCUCCAUUGAUAGCUCCUCUGCCAGCACCACUCGUUCCAGUGACUCGGGAAUUGAGGCCGAUAGCGAGUACAACUUAGCACACAAAGCAGACAUGAACAGAAAGCCGAAAUUGACUACCGACAACAAACGACAACACGUCUCCGCGAUACGCAUCGAGAAGAAUUUACCAACGACAAUUGCCACUCAGAGACCGCCAGGGCCUUACAGAAAGCCACCUACAACCUCUGGGAAACAACCUUCAACUUUCGGAAAAUCACAUUCAACCUCCGGAAAGCCAUCUGUAGCCGCUGGAAAGCCACAUGCAACCUCCGGAAAUCCAUCUACGACCUCUGGAAAACCUAAUUCAACUUCCGGAAAGCCGCCUCUAACUUCCCGGACGCCACAUUCAACCUCACAUAAACCUUCAGAACUGAAGACGUCGGAGAAAAUAUCAGGUUCCAAUAUACACAACAUCAAGAGUCGACACAUCACAAAUUUAAGCCCUUCAAAGGCGUCCCCGACGACCAAUGGAAGAUUCUCCAAAGCUCCCAGUGGCCAGCAUUCCAAACCCGAGGGCUAUGCUUCGAGAAAUGCUAGGAAGCGGCCCUAAGGUGACACAGCUCUGAGGUGACACAGCCCUGAGGUGACACGGCCCUGGCAAGGUUCCUGCUGCCCUACUUUGGAUACCCCGCCACUGUCCACAACUCUCCGCCGGCUUACGCACCCCAGCUCAACCUAGACACUCUCCACCAGUUUCUACGGACCAUCAACACACUUUACACAGCCACUUAUUCUCUUCUAAACCGUUAAAAACCUUUAUAACCCACUCUCUCUCUCUCUCUGAUCUAAACCAAUACCACUUCAGGUCAUUCCAAGUCCUCCGUUACGGCUGAGUGUUUGAGAGAGCGAGAGACUAAUCACAUCCUCGAUUCCCUUUGGCCGCAAUGCCUCUUACAACACCACAUUUUUUAGUGUUGAUUGUGUACUACAUACUCAUCAAGAGAACGGUAGCGGAAAAAUGAUUACAAUGGACAGUGUUCCAUGAACUACACUAGGCUACCUCCUCCAGAAGAGUAUGGGAACUCAAAUGAACUUGGAUAAGCCUUUAUAAAACUCAUCGUAAAUGCCACAGUUAAAUUCAGUUAAUAAAUAGCUAAAUAUGUCGGGUUAAUUAUAUACAACGAGAGACUUAGGCUGCACUAGUUAAGCCUCUUGAGUGGCUUAAUCUUCAUCAAUCAAUCUUGUGUAAUGGUGCUCAUACGUCCAAUGGUCAAAGGCUGGUCUACCAGGAAUGUGAUAUUUACGUUGAAUUUGAAGUUAACUUUAUCGCACAACAAACAUACCCUAACUCUAUCACACAACCAAAUAUACACUGACUUUAUCACACAACUAAACAUACCCCAACCUUAUCACACAACAAACAUACCCCAGUUUUAUCACAUAACUAAACAUGCCCCAACUCCAUAAUACAAAUAAACAUACCCAAACUUUAUCACGCAACCAAACAUAGCCUAACUUUAUCACACAAAUAUAAAUUGCACCUUUCCGAAGGUGAGAAUGGUUUGAACAGACCACACACUGAAUACAACCAGUAUUUUACUAAACAAGAAAGGUGUGGCUUAGCAAGUAAGACAAAGCCGUUGUCUUUACUCGUGCUAGAGUGAAAGUCAGCACUCGACAUCUUGCAGACACUGCAAGGCUUUUCCUUCGGAGUUUUCCAGUAAGCAGUUUUAUGGAGGAAGGGAGGGGGGGGGAGGGGACUUAGGUGCCAUUAUAGAUUUGUAUUUCUUAUAUAAAGUAUUGAGACUUAAUGCUUGUGGCCAAAAAUAUAUAACAAAUGUGAUAUGGGGGGUCAGUUUUGUACCUGUUUGAGUGUGUAUAACAAUAUAACGUACAAAUGUAUGCUCGUGUGGAAUAAAACACUAUACACUAAAACUUAUGGUGUUUGUAUCUCCCAGUAAAACCAAGUCGCUGGCCUGUUUCCAGUCGAUGGUAAAGGCUAACCCUUGCCCAGGAUGCAACUCACAACUGUUGCUUAUAGUUCCCAGUUACUGCGAGUUAACAGCUGCAUCAGGUGAAAGGAAACGUUG